AUGGAGGACCUGCUGAAGGCUCUGGUACAGGCAACUGCUGUACAACAGGAGGCUAACAGGAGAGCUGCAGAAAACAGUGCAGCCCUGCAGCAACUGGUGCUGGCCCAGGCAGAGGGUGCUAAAGUCCUGGCCAAAACACAAAUGGAGUGCACUGAGUCCUUGGUGAAACAGCUUGCUGUGACACAAGCGGAGAUGUUUAAAGUAGCCCGUGAGGAGCAGAAGAAUCAGAAGGGAGAACAAGACAAACUGAUAACUGAAGUUGACAAGUGUUUAUAUGAGAAUCAAAACAUUGCAGCUUCACAGAAAGCUGGAAAGACAUUAGAAAACAGAAAGGUGCUGAUAAAUCUUUCCAAGGCAACAAAAGGAGAAAAAACUACUGUGGCUGAGGCCAGCAGUGUCAAGCCGGUUUGUGUAAUAAAAAGUGAAGCAGAAGCCGCUGAUGUACACCCAAGUGAACAAGUUAAAGCCAUGAAAAACAGACUGACUUGGGGAGUCAGAGAAGACAACAGCGAAGGAGCUGAGCUUAAUAGAGAGAAGCAAGGCACCCCAGUUGAGUAUAACAAUGCGGUGCACUGUUUAGUAGCAGAGGCUACCCAAAAAUGUCAAUCAGCUGUUGGACAGUUUGGCAGAGAAAAGCAAGACAGAGAAGUAGUGACAAAACAAAGUCACGAUAAGAAAGGCAAUGUAGUCGCUUCUGAUCUAAUUCAAGAGAGAGCGACUGUUACAGAACCAUGCUGUGAUGAUAAAAUGGGCACGUCCGCAGCUAAGCCAGACCAAGGCGAAAGUUACAAAGUAGGUGACAUUGGCGUAGCAGAACAAAAUAUUUCAGAGACACCUGGUAUUGCUACAAAGACUUUGAAUGAUUGUCCGGGAGCUGUAGAACUGGAUCUGCUGGCAAAGACUACUGCUACAAGGCCUGGGCGCACUGACUACCUGGAACAGCUGCCAGAUUCUGGGAACACAGUCAUGGGAUUAAAGGCGGGACUCGGAAUGCCUGACCGGCUGUUUGAUACCGGGGCUGUCCUGACCCAGCGAGAGGACAUGACUGCGUCUCUGGACACCCCCAAGGGAGCAGGGAGACCGCCAGACAGCCCAGAGGAAAUCAUUGCUGACAUUGGGAGGUGGCCACUCAAGGCCGAGCAAGCAGAGGGAAACCCAAAGGAAGAAAGCUGUACUAUAGUUUUACGCAUCGCUCCUACAUUCCUUAGAUUUGGCUCUUUUGAAAUAUUCAAGGAAACUGAUGAAUUAACAGGCAGAAGGGGUCCUAGUGUCAACAGAAAUGACGUUCGCAUCCAAAUGAUUGAUUAUGUUAUCAGUACGUUCUAUCCAGACAUUCAGAAUACACAUGCAGAGCACAAGAUUGAACGAAAUGCAGCUUUCUUCAGAGAGAUAACCAGGAGGACUGCCAGGCUUGUUGCAGAGUGGCAGUGUGUUGGAUUUUGCCAUGGCGUGUUAAAUACUGAUAACAUGAGCAUUGUUGGGAUUACUAUUGAUUAUGGCCCAUAUGGAUUCAUGGACAGGUAUGAUCCAGAUCACAUUUGCAAUGGGUCGGAUAACAUGGGUCGUUAUGCCUACAACAAGCAACCAGAAAUCUGUAAGUGGAACUUGGGAAAGCUCGCUGAGUCGCUGGUACCAGAGUUUCCGGUAAAAAUCAGUCAAAGUAUAAUUGAUGAGGAGUAUGAUUCAGAGUUCCAGAGGUGGUAUAUGCAGAAGAUGCGAAAGAAGCUUGGCCUGAUUCAAGCAGAGCUCGAGGAGGACAGCAGUCUUAUCUCAGACCUGUUGGAAACCAUGAACAAAACGGGAGCAGAUUUUACAAAUACUUUCAGAGUGCUCAGCAAGUAUGCUGGGAAUUUCGUCAGCGCAGAGGAUUUUCUAGAUAUUCUAACUGAGCAGUACGCUUCCUUGGACGAGUUAAAGGUGGUGUUCAAACCCAAAAUGGAUCCAAGACAACUGUCGGUGAUGCUGUUGUUAGCGCAGAGUAACCCUCAGGUAUUUGCUUUGAAUGGAACAAAAGCCAACAUAUAUAAGGAGCUUGAUCGUAUCGAACGCUACAAUAAACUGCAAGAGUCCAGUGAAGACCAGCUACUGAGUAAUAACCGUGCACUCUGGGAACAAUGGCUUCACAAGUACAGCACUCGGUUGUCAAAAGACCAAGCAACUACUGGGGAUAAUGAUACAUUUGUGGCUGAACGUGUGAAAAUAAUGGACUCUAACAAUACGGCAUUUGUGCUCAGAAAUUAUGUUGCUCAAAACGCAAUUGAUGCAGCUGAGAAGGGAGAUUUCAGCGAGGUACAGCGGGUAUUGAGAAUGUUGGAAAAUCCAUACGAUGUAGAAGUCUCUUUCCAACAAUCACCUGAUGAGGCAGGCGAUGAAGAUGAUGAGCUUGAAGAAGAAGCUGGAUAUAUAGAAAUACUUUUGCAACACCAACAAUAUCUCUACAGGAAAGCACGGACUACCUAG